AUGGAAAGACUCUCGGUUGUAGAGUGCUUGCAGAUGCGAUACUUAAACGAGAGAGAGUCCAAGCGGAUUCUGCCGUACGACGAAGACCUUAUGGGAAGAGCGCACUUUUUGCUGCACCGGCAGAAAACUCGUGAGAGAGAAGAAGCAAACCGAAACAGAACAAAAGAGCACGUAUACAGAAUUGAGACGGAAAGAAUCGAGUGGCUGCUGACAGAGUAUCUUCUGGUGCGCAUGGAGAAGAUUCGAAGCGACUUCUACAAGACAGAUCUGCAUCUUCUAUCAGAGGAGGAGAGGGAGUACCAGCAAGAGUACAUCCGCAUAAACACAGAGACAGAGCUGCGCCUUCCGGAAGAGGAGAUUCCCGAGAGGCAUCGGGAAGAAAAUUCCUCCGAGGUGCAUGGGAUAUACGUGCUAGACGACUUGCAGGACGUGGUCAUAGAUGGAGAAAUCCUGACGCUGUCUCCAGGAGAGUUUCUUAUAGGAGACAUUUCAACAGCAGAGGAUUUGGUAAACGAUCUGGCUGUUCUUCUAGUGUAG